GCCUGCUGCGUGUGGCGCGCUCUGCUUCCUGUCGGCCUGCCGCACGACCGCUCGUGCUCGCCCACCGCCGCCAUGGUCGACGCCGACGUCGACGACCAGAUCGAGGCCAUCCUGCGGCGGGCGACACAGCUCGCCGACACGCUCCCGCCCCUGUACAGCUGGGACGACUUGUGCGACACCAUCGCGAGCGAAGACCUCGCCGCCCUAAACCGCCACCCCGAGCUCGAAAAGCUCUACGUCCACGAGUUCAACCCGCUCAUUCGACGCGCAUACGGCUCGACCGAGGCGUACUUGCGGCUGCGGCUCGGCUGGGCGGCGCCGGCGCCGGACGAGCAGGACGGACAGGGCGAGGGCGAGGGCGAGGGCAAGGGCAAUGACGGUGAGCAACGUGCCGACACGAGCGGGCGAGGGAGGAGGAAGGAGUACUGGGAGCGGGACGACAAGGUGAACGUGCGCCGCAACGACUGGAAGUACUCGAUGCCCCGGGACGUUCGGCACUACGUUGUCUGGGUCGACCUCCCGCUCUUCAGCCCCCUCCUCUGCAUCCCGCCGCCUUCGGUCCUCCCCGCGUCUUCCUCACCCUCGACUUCUGCUCCCGCAAGCGGCACAUCCACCCCGUCCGGCCCCUCGCACCGCAACCCUCUCGCCUCUCGAGCCGAUGGCGAGCCCGGCGCCGCGCUCGUAGCGCCGACAAAGGGGACGUGGGACCACGUGUCGGAGAAGGGGCUCGGCGGGCUCACGGGCGCGGCGCAGCGGCGGUGGCGGCGACGGCGAGGCCUUCCUGAGGAGGAGGCCGGCGCGGCGAGGGGGCAGGAGGAUGGGCCGGAGCGGGAGGUGCGAGCGUUCGUCGAGCGCAGGUGGCCCGAGGAGGACGGGUGGGAAACGGCAUGGUUCGCCAACCCGCCGGCGCUGCAGAGCGUGUCCGGCCUCGCCCACUUCCACGUCCUCGCGCGGCAGGUCCUGCGCGACGAGCAGGACGCCGCGAGUGUCCAGAGGGGCGAGGCAUAGAGCCGGGCGGCGAGCAGGGGCCCGCAGCUGGGUCGGGUCGAGGAUUGUGUAGAUGCGCCGAACUCUAGGCUUGAGCAGCGAGCGCUAGAUGCCAUAGAAGCUCGAUAUCUUCCAUC